AUGGCCAAUGAAAACUACACAAGGGUCACAGAGUUCAUUUUCACAGGCUUGAAUCACAACCCCCGGCUGCAGGUCUUCCUUUUCCUGCUCUUUCUGAGUUUCUAUGUCAUCAACCUCACCGGGAACUUGGGUAUGAUUAUUCUCAUACGAAUUGAUUCCCGCCUCCACACACCCAUGUACUUUUUCCUCAGCCACCUCUCCUUUGUGGACAUGUGCUUCUCUUCAGUAGUGAGCCCCAAGAUGCUCACUGACUUCUUUGUGAGGAGGAAAGCCAUCUCCUUCAUGGGCUGUGCUUUGCAGCAGUGGUUCUUUGGAUUCUUUGUGGCAGCUGAGUGCUUUCUCUUGGCAUCCAUGGCCUACGACCGCUACGUUGCCAUCUGCAACCCAUUAUUAUAUUCGGUUGCCAUGUCCCAGAGACUUUGUAUCCAGCUGGUGGUUGGUCCCUAUGUCAUUGGAUUUGUGAACACCAUGACCCAUACAACAAAUGCAUUUCGUCUCCCUUUCUGUGGCCCCAAUGUUGUCAAUCAUUUCUUCUGUGACAUGUCUCCCCUGCUUUCCCUUGUAUGUGCUGACACCAGGCUUAAUAAGUUGGUAGUUUUUGUUGUGGCUGGAGCUGUGGGCGUCUUCAGUGGUUUGACUAUACUGGUUUCCUACGUUUACAUCCUUGUCGCCAUCUUGAGGAUUCACUCUGCUGAUGGGAGGCGCAAAGCCUUCUCCACCUGUUCCUCUCACCUGACAGCUGUCUCUAUCCUGUAUGGUACUCUUUUCUUUAUUUAUGUACGGCCUAGUGCAAGUUUCUCCCUGGAUCUCAACAAAGUGGUGUCUGUGUUUUAUACUGCAGUGAUCCCCAUGUUGAACCCGCUAAUCUAUAGCUUAAGGAACAAGGAGGUUAAAGAUGCCAUCCACAGAACUGUUGCUAACAGGAAGUUUUGCAUGCUUAAAUUCUGA